AUGGCCCCUACGGGCCUUAGACAGUGCAUGCACGAUGUGACGCCAUACCUGAUCACGCUGAUGCUUGUCGUCACUCUGGGACCCCUUCAAUUCGGCUACCAUUUGGCUGCUCUGAACGCGCCGCAAGAUGUCCUCACCUGCCGAAAGAAGACCAUCACCGCCGCGACCAAGAUGCUGAGCAAGUUCCCCGGCCGCGCGGCUCCCGAGAUCCCCGACUGCAUCCCCAUGACCGAGGCCGCCUUUGCUACCGUGUCGUCUAUUUUCACACUGGGAGGGCUGGUAGGUGCGUUGGCGGCCGGCCCUUUCUGCAGCAGCCGUGGUAGACUGCCGGCCAUGCGCCUCACGGCGAUUGUGUACUUGAUUGGGUCUGGCAUCGAGACGAUCGCGACAUCUGUGCCCAUCAUGGCCGUUGGCAGGACGUUGACUGGCGUCGGAGCUGGGGCGUCCACCGUCAUUGUGCCUCUCUACAUUAGCGAGAUUGCGCCGCCGGCAGAGCGCGGUUUCUUCGGGUUCUUCACGCAGAUCAGUGUCAACGUGGGCAUCCUCUUGACGCAGACAUUGGGUUACUUCCUGAGCUAUGGCUCUGCCUGGCGGUGGAUUCUGGGAACUGGCGUCAUCAUCGCUGCCGCCCAGGGCACGGGCUUGCUGGUUGUUCCUGAAAGCCCGGCAUGGCUGGCUUGCCAGAAGGGCGAGGUGCUGCGAGGCCGGAGGAUCCUCCAGCGCAUUCGUGGCAAGGACGUGAGUCUCGACAGUGAAGUUGCGGCCUGGGACGGUGAAGACGGGGCCUCAGCUGUUGCACCUGCGGAGGAGCAGGGACUGCUAGGCUCCGAGGACGCUCUAGAGGUUCCUACGACGCCUAGGAGUAUCUCUGGCAGCAAGAGCAGUGUUCGAUCGGUGGGGUUUUGGCAGGUUCUUGGCGAUCCGUUGUACCGGCCAGCCAUCAUUGCCGUGGUCGGCAUCAUGUUUGCUCAGCAACUCUGCGGUGUCAACUCGAUCAUCAUGUACUCAGUGUCUCUGCUUGAGGACCUGCUCCCGAUGAGCUCUGCGCUAUUGACAAUCAUUAUCUCUGGCAUCAACUUGGUCACGACCAUCGCUUGCUCGCCUCUCCCCGACAGACUCGGGCGCAAGACAUGCAUCCUGCUGUCGAUUGCGGGCCAGGGCACGAGCUCCCUUGCGUUGGCUCUGUCUAUCCGAUUCGGCGUCAAGAUCCUCUCGGCCGUCUCCGUCCUGUUCUUUGUCGCCUUCUUCGCUGUCGGUCUUGGCCCCGUGCCUUUCAUGAUGGCAUCUGAGCUGGUCGGCCAAGAGGCCGUCGGAGCGACGCAGUCGUGGGCGUUGGGUGCCAACUACGCGGCUACCUUCCUCGUAGCGCAGUUCUUCCCCAUCAUCAACGUGGCGCUGAAUCAUCGCUUCGGUGGUGCAGGCUGGGUGUACUUUCUGUUUGCCGCCUUCGCUGCCGGAUUUGGCCUUUUUGUGUCUGCCUUUGUACCGGAGACGAAGGGCAAGAAGGAUGCCGACGAAGUCUGGGGCCGGACCAGGCGCAUUGACUGA